AUUCAGCUACCUGAACUAUCGCAACAGAUAAAAUAAAAAAACCAUCAGGCCAUGGAUCGGGGCGCGACCGCCGCCCCAAGGUCUUUCUAAACCCCACAACCUCUCCCUUAUCGGCAUCCACGGCCCUCCUCCGCUUCCUCCCGACCUCCGCCAUUCCACCUUUCUGCUAGACGAGGAGAGAGCGAGAGUCGUCUUCUCGCCGCCUGCCCGCUAUGGCCUCCGAUUCCGCUGCCGAUGCCGCUGAAGUCGAGAGGCUCUACGAAUUCGGGGAGUGUCUCAACGAGGCCAAAGACAAGACUCUGCAUGAGGGUGAGUAUCAAGGUAUCAUCGCGGCGGUGAAGGGGCAGAGCGUGAAGGCGAAGCAGCUGGCCGCGCAGCUCAUUCCGCGGUUUUUUAAGUUCUUCCCCAGCCUCGCUACCGAUGCCAUGACUGCGCAGUUUGAUUUGAUUGAAGAGGAUGAACUCGGGAUCAGAAUACAAGCUAUUCGAGGUCUUCCUCUUCUGUGCAAGGAUACCCCUGAAUAUAUAUCCAAAAUUGUGGAUGUUCUUGGACAACUCUUAAUAUAUGAGGAAAAUGUGGAGCGUGAUGCGGUGCAAAAAUCCUUGAUGACCCUUCUAAGGCAUGAUGUAAAAGCUUCUUUAACAGCUUUGUUUAAGCAUAUUGAGAUAGGAGCAGAGAAUGUUCGUGAGAAGGUUAUUUGUUUUCUUAAGGACAAGGUGUUUCCUCUCAAGGCUGAACUUCUAAGGCCUCAAGUGGAAAUGGAAAGAUAUGUUACUGAUUUGGUGAAAAAGAGCUUACAAGAUGUAACUGGUGCUGAGUUUAAGUUAUUUAUGGAUUUCCUGAGGAGUUUUAGCAUUUUUGGUGAUGGCGUGCCUCCAGAAAAUAUGCAAGAACUGAUUGAGAUUAUUGAAGGACAGGCUGACCUAGAUGCUCAAUUCAAUGUUGAAGAUGUUGAUCAUAUUGACAGACUGAUUUCCUGCAUGUGUAUGGCUCUUCCUUUUUUUGUGAGAGGUGCCUCAAGCAGCAAGUUCCUCAAUUAUGUCAACAAACACAUAUUACCUGUAUUUGAUAAGCUUCCUGAAGAGAGGAAAUUAGAUUUGCUCAAGAAUCUUGCUGAAACUUCACCUCGUGCAAGCGCUCAGGAUUCACGUCAACUUCUUCCAUCCAUUGUAACACUAUUAAAGAAGUACAUGCCUCUGAGAAAGACGGAAGAACCUAAAUAUAACUAUCUGGAGUGCUUACUAUACUCAUUUCACCAUUUAGCGCACAAGACCCCAAACACUACCAAUAGCCUUUGUGGGUACAAGAUUGUUACUGGUCAGCCUUCAGACCGGCUGGGAGAGGACUUUUCAGAGAAUUACAGAGAUUUCAUUGAGAGCAGAUUGAAAUCCACGGAAGAAUUUGUGAAGAAUUCCAUGAAGAAAUUAAACCACGCCAUGAAUAAUCACAACAAAGCAAUGUCUUCAGCAAAGACACAAGAGGCAAAGGCUAAGAUAAAAAUCGAGCAGCAGCAAAGUACAUCAGCAUUACGCAUCUGCAACAAUAUACUGGCAAUGACCCAGCCAUUACACGCAAAAGCACCUUCAUUCAUCGGAGACGAAAAAAUAAACCUAUCAUGGAAGGAACCAGUGAAACAAUCAUCAGCUUCAACUGCUACAGGGAGUAAGAGGAAUGCAUCUGUCAAUGGGUUAAAUGCAAGCACUGGAACUAACAAAAAGGCACGUGGUGAGGGAAUCGUGCAAAACAAGCUCGUCGACAGAGCAUUGCAAGGUUUGUCUCAGGCUGGUGGUAGGAGAAAUGGAAGAGCAGGAAGAAGUUGGGGAGGGCGAGGCAGAAAAGCAAGAGGUUUUCCUUAAGUUUCCUAGGAAAUCAAUCAAUAGGAUGGCUCCAUCAGGAAAUGCCUCAUCACACCUUUUUUUUUUUAUCAAGAUCGAUACCAGGCAAAAACAUUGAUGUUCAUUCCGCUGUUUGUAUGGUUGUAGCAGAAGACAGCACACGCUUCACUUAAUGAUUUUGAGACAAGUAAAAACGUGUUGUAACAUUUGUUUAUUCAUCGUAGUUCUCUUUUAUAGCGUGAUUUGAAAA